AUGAAGCUGGCAUCUUCUCUGUGUUGCCUCGGGGUUCUUCUCACUUCUGUGGCGGUCCGUCUCAUCGACUCGCAGCAAGUAUGCCCUGGCACAGAGAAUAAACUGAGUACUCUGUCAGACCUGGACCAGCAGUAUCGAACCCUUCGUAAAUACUAUGAGAACUGCGAGGUGGUGAUGGGUAACCUGGAGAUCACCAGCAUCGAUCGCAGUCGUGACCUGUCCUUUCUUAGGUCCAUUCGUGAGGUGACAGGAUAUGUGCUUGUGGCGCUGAAUCAGUUUGAGUAUCUGCCCCUGGAGAAUCUGCGCAUCAUCCGCGGCACCAGACUGUAUGAAGACCGCUACGCCCUGGCCAUCUUCCUCAACUACCGCAGAGACGGCAACUUCGGUCUCCGUCAGCUUGGCCUUAAGAACCUCACAGAAAUUCUGAAUGGAGGGGUGUAUGUGGACCAGAACAAGUUCCUGUGUCAUGCCGAUACCAUCCACUGGCAGGAUAUAGUGAAGACCGCUCGCCCUGAUCACCUGGUUGUGCCAUCCAAUAGCAGCAGCUCAUGUCAGAGAUGUCAUAGAGGAUGUAAUGGACGCUGUUGGGGGCCAAAGGAGAACCAGUGUCAGAGCUUGACGAAGACUGUGUGUGCCGAGCAGUGUGAUGGCCGAUGUUUUGGGCCGUACGUCAGUGACUGCUGUCAUCGCGAGUGUGCUGGAGGCUGUUCAGGACCGAAGGACACGGACUGCUUCGCCUGCACUAAUUUUAACGACAGCGGUGCGUGUGUGACACAAUGCCCUCAGCCCUUCGUCUACAACCCCACCACGUUCCAGCUGGAGCACAACCCGCGGGCCAAAUACACAUAUGGAGCGUUCUGCGUCAAAAAGUGCCCACAUAACUUUGUGGUGGACCACAGCUCCUGUGUCAAAGCCUGUCCCAGCAACAAGAUGGAGGUGGAGGAGAACAGAAUCAAGAUGUGCAUCCCCUGCACUGAUAUUUGCCCAAAAGCAUGCGAUGGGAUCGGCACUGCUAGCCUUCAGACGGCUCAAACCGUCGACUCCAGCAACAUCGACAGAUUCAUCAACUGCACCAAGAUCAACGGAAACCUUGUGUUCCUCAUCACAGGCAUUAAAGGGGACGUAUACCACAACAUAGAGCCCCUGGAUCCAGAAAAACUCAACGUGUUCCGCACCGUUCGAGAGAUCACUGGCUUUCUAAACAUUCAAUCCUGGCCAGAAAACAUGACUGAUCUGAGUGUCUUCUCCAGUCUGGCAACCAUCGGAGGCAGGUCUCUCUACAGUGGCAUCUCUCUUCUGGUGCUAAAGCAGCAGUGGAUUUCCUCACUGAAACUGCAGUCUCUCAGUGAGAUCAGUGCUGGAAACGUGUACGUCACCAACAACAGUCAACUCUGCUACUACAACACCGUCAACUGGACGCGACUCUUCCGCACCAACACCCAGAAGGCCCUGAUCCGCAACAACCGCGACCAAAAGGAAUGCAUUUUGGAUCGUAUGGUAUGUGACCCGCUGUGCUCUGAUGCUGGCUGCUGGGGUCCGGGGCCCGACCAGUGCCUGUCCUGUCGGUUCUUCAGCAGAGGACGUACCUGUGUCGAAUCCUGCAACCUGCACGAAGGGGAUGUACGUGAGUUCGCAAACGGUUCAGUGUGUCUGGAGUGCGAUGCGCAGUGUGAGGUGGCGGAUGACGACGGUCUUACCUGCACUGGGCCUGGUCCUGAUCACUGUGUUAAAUGUCUUCACUUUAAAGACGGACCCAACUGUGUGGAGAAAUGCCCUGAUGGCCUACAGGGAGCAAACAGCUUCAUCUUCAAAUAUGCUGAGGCCAACAAUGAGUGUCACCCCUGCCAUGUCAACUGUACCCAGGGGUGCGUUACAUUAACAGGACCUCGUCUGCAAGACUGCAUUGGCAUGAUGGACAGGACUCCCCUCAUUGCAGCUGGGGUUAUUGGAGGAUUGUUUGUGGUGAUUAUCGUGGGCCUGAGUGUUGCCAUAUCAGUGAGGAGGAAGAGCAUCAAGAAGAAGAGAGCCUUGAGACGCUUCUUGGAGACUGAGUUGGUGGAGCCUCUGACGCCCAGCGGUGCGGCCCCGAAUCAAGCCCAAUUGCGCAUUCUGAAAGAGACCGAGCUGAAAAGGGUGAAGAUCCUGGGAGCCGGGGCCUUCGGCACCGUUUACAAGGGCAUCUGGGUACCUGAGGGCGAGACUGUGAAGAUUCCCGUUGCCAUAAAGAUCUUGAACGAGGCGACAGGCCCAAAAGCCAAUGUAGAGUUCAUGGAUGAGGCUCUGAUCAUGGCCAGCAUGGAGCAUCCUCACCUGGUGCGGUUAUUGGGUGUGUGUCUGAGCCCCACCAUUCAGCUGGUCACUCAGCUCAUGCCCCACGGCUGUCUGCUGGACUACGUGCAUGAGCACAAAGACAACAUCGGCUCCCAAUUACUGCUCAACUGGUGUGUUCAGAUCGCCAAGGGUAUGAUGUACUUGGAGGACAGGAGACUUGUGCACAGGGAUCUGGCUGCUCGGAACGUCCUAGUGAAGUCACCCAACCAUAUAAAGAUCACUGACUUCGGUCUGGCUCGCCUUCUGGAUGCAGAUGAGAAGGAAUACAACGCAGACGGGGGCAAGAUGCCUAUAAAGUGGAUGGCUUUGGAGUGCAUCCACUAUAGGAAAUUCACCCAUCAGAGUGACGUAUGGAGUUACGGAGUGACUAUCUGGGAGCUGAUGACAUUCGGAGGAAAGCCGUACGAUGGAAUCCCAACCCGAGAGAUUCCUGACCUUCUGGAGAAAGGAGAGAGGCUUCCUCAACCUCCCAUCUGCACUAUUGACGUCUACAUGGUCAUGGUCAAAUGCUGGAUGAUAGAUGCAGACAGCAGACCCAGAUUUAAGGAGCUUGCAGCAGAGUUCAGCCGUAUGGCAAGAGAUCCACAACGUUACCUAGUCAUCCAGGGGGACGACCGCAUGAAGCUGCCCAGCCCCAAUGACAGUAAGUUCUUUCAGAGUCUGCUAGAUGAGGAGGAACUGGAGGAUCUGAUGGAUGCCGAGGAGUAUUUGGUGCCACAAGCCUUCAGUAUUCCUCCACUGGCAUACACAACCAGAUCACGCAUGGACCCCAACAGAAACCAGUUUGCGUACCAGGACGGCAGCUUCGGCAUGGAGGAGAUGAUGGCCACUAUCCCGCGGGUUGUGGCUGUGUCCGCGGUCAGCCCAGGCUGUUCUGCUCAGAAGCAAUCUAUGACCCAGCAGGGGGCCUCGGGAUCCUCUGAGGCAUUUGAAGACAGUCGCUGUAAUGGCACUCUCAGGAAGAAGGCUUCACCCAGGGCGAGCACCGGGGAGGACAGCAGUGGCCAGCGCUACAGCGCAGAUCCAACUAUGAUACUGUGUGAGCGCGGAGCAAGAGCUGAGACCGACCAGGAUGGAUACAUGAGCGCCAUGCAGGACAAAAAGCCCUCAGAUUAUCUCAACCCUGUGGAGGAGAACCCUUUUGUCACCCAUCGCAGAAACGGAGAGGUCCACACACUCGAGCGAGGUUACCACAGUACCUCCAACGGGCAGCCCAAAGUGGAGGAUGAGUAUGUCAAUGACCCGUUGUACCUCAACACCUUCCAUAACUCUGGGGAAAAGAGUCACGACGUAUUGAGGAAGAACCCCGUGGCACACACGGCAGCAGCAGCAGUAGUAGCAGCAGCAGCAGCAAAUAGUGGAACUUCCACCAGCCAGAACCUUUCCCAAACAAUGCAACCAGCGGCAUCCAAUGCCCACAUCACAACACAGCCUCUCUACCAAGGCAAACAAAGCAUCUCCACCCUCUCAGGCCACACCCCCCACUCUGCCCAUCCCGGACACCCACUCCACCUGAUGCACACCCUCCAUCCCGCUCACUCCGGGACCAUCAAGGCCGACAUAAAGCCCAAAAAGACAUUUGACAAUCCUGAGUACUGGCAGCACAGUCUUCCCCCCAAGGCCACUCUCCACAACCCCGAGUAUCUGCAGGACUGCAGCACACGCUUCUUCUACCGGCAAAACGGGCGGAUCCGACCCGCCGUGGCUGAGAACCAGGAGUACCUGUCCGAGUAUGCACUAAAACCGGGCACCGUGUUGCCACCUCCUCCCUACCGCCAGAGAAACACUGUUGUGUAGCAACAAUGACCAAGACAAACAAGAAAAGUUGGAGGUAAAGAGAGAGUCAUAGUGUGUUCUCACCCUGGCUCUCACACCAGCAUCCCAAUCUCUCCGCUCCUCUCUGAACUGGAUUUAACACCCAACCUCCAAUGACCUGGAACUGAUCCACUUGAGUGAGCUUCUCUUCCAGAGGCAUUGGUCACAGAUGGCAACAUCAAUCAAAGCUCCUUCCUGCUUGUCUCUCCUCACUUCAAUCACCAUUAAGACCUGUUUCCCCUACCUGAGCCCAACUCUUCCCAGCAUUUGGUAGAUGCUACACUAAUCUCAUUGAAAGCAAGUACUGACGUUGACGUGCAACGUGGGUUGAUCCAAUAGCAGAGAGGAGUCAUUCUUUUGUGCAAUUACAGAAAUGUUUAUCAUUUAUCUUGUUUUGGGAUUUUGUUUUGAAGCUACGAUAAGAUCUGCUGUAAUUUAUGACUUCGGAUAGCAUAGUUUAUUUUAGCACUCCAUACAUGAUUUUAUGAGGCAGAUGUGUUGUAUGCAAAUCUGCCGUAUUGGGAAUAUCGUUGUGGGCCUUGGGACAAAAGGGCCCAAAAUGGUCCUCAAUGUCGCCUACUGUUUGAGACUGAAAAAAAGUAAGCGACAGGCCUGGCUGUACGCUACAUGCUGUUAUAUACAACAAAACAUAUGUUCAUUACAGCAUGGUGUCAACUGGGACCUUUGAUCACCACCUUCUCGAAUGGCACAUCUUCAAAAGACACAAUGUGUAAUGUUCUGUUCAAAAUAUCUGCAU